CCAAAACAAUACUGCACUCGACUUCAAAUCAAGACGAUCAGAUUUCAGAAUACUUGACUCGGCGCCCGGCUGAAGGCCUCAGCUCGCUUCACUAUGACAGCGGCGGCUUCCAAGUCCGAUGGUCCGCCCCAGGCAUCGGCAGUGUCAACUCUCAUCUCACACUCUGGAGCAAAAACCGCCUCGGAGGCUCUGUCUAUUGAGAUCAUGCACAACCUCCAACACCAGCACAAUUGGACAGAUCUCAAACGACACAUUAUCUACCUCAACGCAUUACCAUCAACCCGCUUCGUUGACCUUGAUCCACGCACACGUACUACCCAGGUCGCGAGCGUGUCGUCCGGUGCUGGUGCUGGCAGCGGCAUCGGCAUACAAUUGCCAUCGCCGACGACCACUGGCGUUUCUUCCCCUGCCGGGUCAGGCACAUCGACACCGUCCUCCGCGACUGCGGUCAACAACACAGUCACGAUCAUCUCGGGCUUGCCACCACAGCAUAGCUACGUCCAUCCAGAUCUGCAGAUGCGGCUGCUGAAGCAAGGGCUUUCGGACACGGCACUACCGGUACAGCGCGAGUUUGUGCUCCCGCUCUCGCUGGGCGAGAAGUGGUCCUUGGCUAGAUUCUGUGCGGUUUUUGAUCAGUUGCCUGAUCGGGAUGUGAUUGUUGUUCCCGCCUCUUCUGCACGCUCUCCUGCCGGCAGUGGCAGCAGCAACGGUGCCAAUGGUGAUGUCAACAACGCCAAUGUCGCCGCCGGUACAGGAUCGACUUCUUCAGCCUCUGGUGCCAGUGCGAGUGCAAAGACGAGAAAUCCAGGCGGCCUCUAUAAGCAUCGUGAUCAGAAGCGCGUGUUGCUGGGCAUGAAAGCCCGCGAGGGCGUCGGGGGCGAUGGCACCGUCGUCUAUUAUAUCAUGCAGGAAGGCGAAGUCAAGCCUAGACAGAAUGGUUGAGAAUGGACGCACGCAUCCGUAUUUUGUCUUCCAAUUUAUUUGGGAUCGGAUCGUUGGUGGGAUGGGAUGGUCAACCACCUCAGAUUCCAGCAAGCCUUGUCACAGCCCACGGCGUGCAUCUACGAUUUGCACUACAGGCGUUGGAAUAUGCAGGGGCGGCUGUAAUGUUGCAAGGCUGUCUGUGGGUUGGUGUCUACCUACCUAGAUAUGCGCCCACUUUCAUCCCGUUGUCAACGAGUUGGGCACAACUGCCGUCUGAGACCGUCGCGAGUCGACUUUCGCAUCACUGCAGAACUCUCCCGAACAUCAAGAUCUUCUCUUAUGGUCUUGUUAUCGCGGAAACGAUCGGAAGGUCAGGCUCACAUGAAAGAUCCUCGGUCGUGAAACAGGCUGUUCAGUCGUGGUACCGUAGUCAGAUUCAGAAGGAUCAUCUUUUCGAUCUGCAGCGGGAACCCGCCAUGCAUUGCCAGGGGUAAGCCAGUCCCAGGCCAUAUCGACUUGACUUCGACUCCGGCGAUACAGGAACCCCCCACCAGAUAUUCUACCUGUCGCGUUGGUUUGGACGAAUAUGGAAGUCAAUCCCAGACCACAUCAGGCCAUCCCAUCGCCAACCUACUGCAGCUACAGUAUGAACGGGCCAGUCGAAUCUGUCAAUCGACCCUGUCGCCAACCAGGAGGGCAUACUAGCACUGGAAAUGAUGACAACCCAACCUUAGCUGGACGAACGAGCCCUCCGGGCCCGGUGUUGACGGGGCUCCAAGAUUUCACUGCGGUGCACUGAGCAUCAAUCCCGGGGUUGAUUGUCCCCAUUGAUUGUUCCCACAGGACCUUGGUUGUCCUCAUGAGAGGAUGCCAUGGUAGUUGCGAGUAUUUACACUGCCAGUGAGCACCAGCGAGCGCAGGCCGGGAUCUGUCAGGACACUAUACAUGCAUGAAGUGCAAUGGCUUAUCCACUAGUACCAUACUCUCCGUCAACACCACUGCACCGGAUGGGUAUCGAUAUAAAAUCCACAAAAGGCAUGCCUAUGCCGCCAAUAUUACCUAUAGGUGUAUUCCAUAUCCAAUAAUGACCUCGCUUGCUAUCGGUUCUGUGUAUCCCAAAUGAUAUAUACCUGGGUCAUAACAGUCUGCCCUUGGGCCUCGCUCCCCACAGCCAUGCUGGCGUGGCACUGCAUCCAUUCAACAAUAAACAAUCCUGAAAACACAAACUGUUCACGCGCUCUCAAGGUCGACAGACGGCCACGGCCACGACCAUAACCAAUACCAACUCAAUUUCUCGAAUACCACUGCU